UGCUGAGUUCCAGGGUUAGACACAACAGAACAUCCAACACAGCAAAGAUGCAUAAACUGAUACUCUGCUGUCUCAUUAUCAUCUGCUUCUCCUGUCCUCUCUUGUCUCUCCCCAUCAUCAAUGCCAGUGAGAUGUCUUACCAACACUCAGCUGAUGAAGACUCGAGGUUAAACCUGGAGAGGUUGGGCAGCUCCUCCCUGCUCCAGCUCCUGCCAGAGCUCCUGGGGACCCUGAGUGAGGACAGCAAAGCAGGUCUUACCCCCAGCAACUACAACCCAGGGGAAAAUAUCAAAGAGAAUUUCUACAGGAACCAUCCUCAAAAUGCUUUCCUGGGCCGCCUCCUGACCAAGGACAGGAAACAGUACAAGAAACGUGGGAAUCUUUCUGAGUGCUUCUGGAAAUAUUGUGUGUAAACAGGGAACUCCCUGACUGGCUGCAUAAUUUAUACAGAUGGCUGAAAACAUGUAUAUAGAUGAGCUUGAUUCAAAAUGGGAAUGAAGAACCAUGAAGGCAGCACCUAACUUUAGACUCUCUGCUACCUGGAAAUGAAUAAAUUCUUGAUGUUUUGCAAUUAUGUUGUGAGCAAUGUAGUAAUUUUUUUAGAGCUCAGCACAGCAGGAAGGAAGUAAUGGGAGGAAGAGAGAAAUACACAACACAAAGAGAACUUGGGCAGGGGAAGCAAAAUUCCCAUGGGGUUCUGUGAAAACUCCCAGAAGAGCUCAACUGUGUCCAAGUCCAGAGGCAAAGGGACUUUCUCCUUUGUCACUCAUGUAGAUUGAGGUGCCAGGAAGAAGAGUCAUUGCUGCAUUCCCUGAAGAUGUUGAGCAGGUAAGGGAUGGCAGCUUAACAAUGCCCAGUC